AUGACGGAGACGCGAUACGAGGGAGAGAUGGACAGAGGUGACGAAGGUCCGUCAGCGAAGAAGAGGAAGAGAGGUCGACAAGCGAAGAGCUGUGUCGCGUGCCAUCGGCGGAAGCAAAAGUGCGACGGAGAGCUGCCAUGCUUCAACUGCAGCAGACGCGACGUUGCCUCAAGCUGCACGUACAGCGACGAGGCUGAAGCCCGUCGUCGGCAAACUUCACGUGUCGCCGCUAUCCCUCUGAAUGAUGAUAUAUCGUCAGAGAAUCCCACAGACACACGGACCACUUCCACGCGUGCCAGAAACUCGCCCGAACCCAGAGACGCACAAGUCGGUAAUCUCUUCCGCAGUCGAGACGCCCCAUCCUUUUUCGGAUCAUCCUAUUUCGGACCUCAAGCUGCAGCAAAAAUAAUCGAAGAGCCCGCACCAGAUCUUUCCUCCGGUAUACGGCAUGCUGCGGCCUCGGCGCAAUCUUUCCGCGAUGUUGGAGGCCCUUUUUCGCAGAUCUGGGAUCUCCUAGGCUUGCUGCCGCGCAACAAGGCCAGCGUCGAUCGCCUCGUACAUGUCUUCCUCGACGAGCUGAAUUGGACCAUAGACGCCAUCCAUCCACAGUCUUUCAAAUUGAAGUAUGACGAGUUCUGGGAGCGUAAAUUCGGCUUCGAUGACUAUGCAUCUAUCGAUCUGAGGUGGCUGGCAUUGUUAUUCAUUGUCCUUGCGUACGGUGUUUUCCUCGACUGCCCCUAUCCAAAGAAUGGCGAAGUGCAACGUGAGCUUCAAGAGACAUCACUACGCUUCUACUGGGCAGCAAGGCGCGCUAUAGUCAUUGCACCAACAUUCUACGGAGAGUCGACAGAUCUUGUUCGUGCCGGUCUUCUGGUCACACGUUAUCUGAUCCAUUUGCGAAGAGUACCGGAGGCUUGGCUUACGACCAGUUUUGCCAUGCGUAUGGCCCAAGCACAAGGCAUGCAUAUCGAUGGCGAACGUUGGCGUCUCUCGCGUAAAGAGACCGAAACCCGAAGGCGUUUGUGGAGCCAUCUCUAUACCUUGGAUAAGACUAUCGCGCUUGCCAUCGGUCGUCCCUUCGCUAUAGUUGACCAGCAGUGUCUCGUCAAAAGAGCCACCAACGUCUGGUUGGACGACCAACCAGACGAGGACACGUCCGCCAUCCCAGAGCUACCCAUGUCCGAGCCUACCCUGAGCGUUUACAACUUCCUUGCACACGAUUUGGCAAAGAUCAUCGGCAGCAUUCAAGAGCGUUGCUUUGGUCUCUUCACCGUUUCUUACGACACCGUAAUUUCGCUAGAUCAUGAUAUUAUCGACUGGGAGGCAAGGUUACCAGACUACUAUCACCUGAAAACCCCAGACACAUCUAUGGAUGGCACGCUCCCCUUCCUUUACUGGAAUCGCUUGCAUCUCCACUCCAUGUACCACUUCGCCCGCGUCACGCUUCAUCGACCGUAUUUGCUGCGCCAAAGUAUUACGAACCGCUUCAGACACAGUCACGAUGCGUGCAUAUCGUCGGCAUGCGCUGACCUUGCCAUGCGCAUCGAUUAUUUCCAACAGCCAUUGAAUGACCGUCUGAAGUGGACUUUGGGUCCACACCACCUCUUCAACAGCGCUUUAGUCCUCGGAAUAAUCGCUGUCAAAGAUCCACACUCGCCUAAAUGUCGCGCGAUACUAGAGGACCUCUCCGCAUAUUGCGAGAUGCAAAGAGCUGAUAUCUGGCUCAAUGAGUUCGCGCUAGCUGAGGUCAAAAUCAUUGAACUCUGCAUCAAGAAAGCGAAUCAGUUUCGUGCUAGUCGUACUGAAACACGUCCCAACACAGCAGAAAAUGCGCCACCUGCCGUGCAUGGUGCCAAUACCAUCGACCUGACAUCACCGUAUACGGAAGAUAGCUCGGUAACGGUGCCAGAUCUGCCGGCGAUAGGUGCAGGUGGGCCCUUCCAAUGGCAUGCGCCCCCAUGGGGUGACCCAUCUUUCACCACUUUGUUUGAGCCAACCGAUCUGCAGCACUGGGAGAAUGUACUGGAUAACAUCACACAAGAGCAGAUGCUGUUCGGCUUCCAAUAG